AUGCUUCCACUGAACUUUCAUCUGGUGGCUCCAACUCCUUACAGAAUACGUAGUGAAAAAACAGUUCUUUGUGCUCAAAUCCAGAAUAUGCUCAUCAAAGAAAGCAUCAAAUUAGUUGGGUGCGAUGAUCGUUGGGCUUGUAUAAAAUUGAAGACCCCAGUAGAGCAAAAGAGAACUAUGGGUGUGGCAAUUAGUAAGUACUCGGAGAUAUCAUCAAAUGAGCUGUUAGCGAGGUUCUGUUCGGCCGAGGUGAUAUGCCCCAAUGACCCUUUCUGGAAUCAGAUGUUAGCUUUCAACAUCAAUCCACCUGCUAAUGCUGAAGAACAACUGAUCUUCGAUUCAAGUGCGGAAGCUUUGCUACAGAAUUUUCUGCAGAACAAUCCGCAGACUGGCAACCUUGGGUCUUUGGUGCAGGUUUUCAUCACCAGGGCGACGGAGUUGCUGGCAACACCAAACAGUGAUAAUGUAAUGUUGGCAUGGCAGACCUUCAACGCUCUGUUCGUUAUACGAGCAGUCAGCAAGUACUUGGUCGAGAUGGUGCCGGAGUAUCAGCUGUGCCGCCAUCUUGACGUUCAAGGGGAGAGGCGAGCUAAUGGGCCAGUGGAAACAAGAGAUCAGGAUGCGGGAGACGCGAGUGCUAAUAAUCGUGAGCCAGAGCCGGGCGGGCAGACGUCGCCAAGGCUCACCGGCUCUGAGAGCCGCGUGGAAAUACUCAUAGACGCACUCAUCGGGCUCAUCAUAGAUGCACCUGUCACAGACAACACCUACUACCUUCACCUAGAAUGCAUAAACACCCUGCUCGUUCUAAUGUCCGUGUACAUGUUCGCGAGCGUGCAUGGACAAGCUCGCCUCGUCGAAACUUCGCUAAUAUACAGAACUCUAUUCCAAGGAAGGUACGGUAUGCACGCACCUCUGUUGGUGAAAACACUCCUGAACAAUGUGUCGAGCAUGCUCGCCGCUCCCCCGAGCAUGUUCGGCACUACAGCACAAGGUGGCAGUUUAUUCAUCAAUAUAGCAUCUGGCAUAUGGAAUAUGUUAACAUUCAAUACGGCGUCCCGGCACACUAUCUACACACAUCCCCCUCUAGAUCGUCAUGAAACAUUGGAGAGAUUGAAAACGGAACACCCUCUAGCCAACCAGUCUUGUCUGUUGCUGUUAGCUUUGGCCAAUCAUUGCAUCAACAAGAACAAUUUGUAUAGGAACGCGCUACUCUCAUGCGAAGAUACGGCAGGUGAGGAAACAAAAAUAUUUAAUAAGGCUUUUUGCCCAAAAGGUAAAAGGGAUCUUAUUAUUAAGUCUUCGCUGUCCGUCCGCCCGUCCGUCCGUCUAUCUGUCUGUCACGUGGCCGUAUCUAGGGCAUGGAAUACCGGAAUGAUUUUCAUACCGGUAUUGAUACCGGUAUUAGACUUUCAAAUACCGGUAUACCGGUAUUUCGAAGCUUCGGCAACUACCCCGCAGCGAGAUAGCAAUGGAUCGGGUGCCCAAGUCACUCCACCAAGGAUAGAUAUGGCAGCUUUACAUAAGGCUCUGUGUGCGACGGCCGGCUGCGAACAUUCCACACUGUUCUUAUACCAGAUGCUUCACUCGUGCGACGCGUACAAGAGGCACGUGGCCAACGUUAAUAAUAUAGAGAAUUUGAUAGUGCCUAUACUGCAAGUAUUAUAUAACGCUCCAGACAGUAACUCGCAUCACAUAUAUAUGUCUCUAAUAGUACUGCUCAUACUAACCGAAGAUGACGCUCUCAUCAAAAACGUACACUUAAUCAUGGUGAAGAAUCUAAGUUGGUACACGGAGCGUUCUAUAUCGGAGAUAUCAGUGGGCGGGCUGAUGGUGUUAGUUAUAGUGCGAGCGUUACAUUACAACAUGGCGCGGGUGAGGGACAAGUACUUGCACACCAACUGUCUCGCCGCCGUCGCCAACAUGAGCUGUGAAUUCAGAAAUCUUCACCCGUACGUCGCUCAAAGGUUAAUAUCGCUAUUUGAAAUAUUAACUAAAAGAAGAACGAGACUUUGUAGUGAAAUUGAAGGGGGUGAUAUAAAUUCAUUAGAGCUUCCACAUCAUGCCGAAGAGAAAACAGAAGAAGUGAUGGAUCACAUUAGCGUUUUGGACGAGGUGUUAAGGAUGCUUUUGGAGAUAAUAAAUUCGUGUCUGACGCACCAGUUGUCUAACAAUUUGAAUAUGGUGUACGCGCUGUUGCAUAAAAGGCAGCUAUUCGAACACCACUCGCAUCACCCUAUCACACAGAACAUAGAAAUGGUCAUAGGAUAUUUCUCGACUCGCCUUCAGAGAGUACAAGAAGGGGCGGGCGGUGAUCUGAGUGUGUCUGAAGUGUUGCAAUGUAUCAAGAAAGGCGCCGAACAGUGGUCCAGCGAUAGACUUAAAAAAUUCCCCGACCUUAAAUUCAGAUACGUCGAAGAGGAGAGGCCUGAAGAAUUCUUCACACCCUACGUAUGGGGUUUGAUUACCGGCUGUGGUUCCGUAUACUGGGCGAGCGAAUGUGGAACGAGAGCUAUGAACGAAUUAUUGGCCUGCUGAUCUAACCUCUAUAAUCUAUGGGCGUUCCUAUCGAGUCUAUGUCACGGCAGAUGACGGUCGGAUAUAGACCUUAUUUACUUUUGAAAAAGGUUCAAAUUUUCCGUUUCGGAUAAUACGUCAUCUCAGAUUCGUUUAUGUAGAGAUAUACCUCUUGAAUAAUCAAGAAAUAUUUUAUUAUAAUUAAAUACAAGAGUUAACUUCGUUUAUUUCGAAGACAACGUUUGAAAUGUUUAUUUACUGUAUUUUAGUUGUCUACGUCUGACAUGUAAAAAAUUGAAAUUGAGGACGAAAUUGUAUAAAAACGUGUAAAAAUUUCCAGUCGAUCUACUGUUCAAUUUUUAAGUUAUACG